CAAGGGAGAUAAAAAGAGAGAGAGAGGGAGGGAGGUAAAUCAGGGAUCUGUGUGAAGUCAGGGCAGUCAGACAGUCAUCUUCUCUGUCUCAGUGCUGCUCAGGCCAUCUCUUUCUAGACUACUCCUACUUUUUGGAUUGGACUGUUCUAGGACUGAGUGUUUGGGAAAGAGCCUGUAUUUGGAUAGAGCCGGGGAAGGGUGUGUUGGACUGGGAGCUUAUACUAACUAGUAUUUGGACUACCGAGUCGUGUCCUAUGGAGGUACAGGUUCAAAGUCAGCCACAGCCCCCCAGCAUCCUGGAGAAUGGGGAGGCCCAGGACCCUGAACCACACCCUGCGGAGUUCAACGGUCAUCGUCAUGCCAACGGUGGGGAGGCAGAGCUGCCCGUCUCCAAGUCUCAGAGGAGACACAGCGAUGUCAAAGUCUACAAGGAGUUCUGUGACUUCUAUGCACGCUUCAACAUGGCCAGUGCCCUGGCCAAUGCGAUUUGUGAGCGCUGUAAGAGUGGCUUUGCCCCGGCGGAGAAGAUCGUCAACAGCAACGGGGAGCUGUACCAUGAGGGAUGCUUUGUUUGUGCUCAGUGCUUCCAACAAUUCCCUGAGGGUCUCUUCUAUGAGUUUGAGGGCAGGAAGUACUGCGAGCAUGACUUCCAGAUGCUGUUUGCUCCCUGCUGCCACCAGUGUGGGGAGUUUAUCAUUGGUCGUGUGAUCAAGGCGAUGAACAACAGCUGGCACCCUGACUGUUUCUGCUGUGACCUCUGCCAGGCCGUGCUGGCUGACGUGGGCUUCGUCAAGAACGCUGGCAGACACCUGUGUCGCCCGUGUCAUAACCGUGAGAAGGCCCGUGGUCUGGGGAAGUACAUCUGUCAGAAGUGCCACGCCAUCAUCGAGGAGCAGCCGCUGCUGUUCAAGAACGACCCCUACCACCCGGACCACUUCAACUGCAACAACUGCGGUAAGGAACUGACGGCUGAUGCCAGGGAGCUGAAGGGAGAGCUGUACUGCCUGCCCUGCCAUGACAAGAUGGGCGUUCCCAUAUGUGGAGCCUGCAGGAGACCCAUCGAGGGCCGCGUGGUCAAUGCCAUGGGCAAGCAGUGGCAUGUCGAGCAUUUUGUGUGUGCUAAGUGUGAGAAGCCCUUCCUGGGCCAUCGCCACUACGAACGCAAAGGACUGGCCUACUGUGAGACUCACUACAACCAGCUCUUUGGAGAUGUCUGCUACCACUGCAACCGUGUCAUUGAGGGUGAUGUGGUAUCAGCCCUGAACAAGGCAUGGUGUGUCAACUGCUUUGCCUGUUCCACCUGCAACACCAAGCUCACCCUCAAGAACAAGUUUGUGGAGUUUGACAUGAAGCCGGUGUGUAAGAAGUGUUACGAGAAGUUUCCUCUGGAGCUCAAGAAGAGGCUCAAGAAGCUGGCAGAGACCGUGGGCCGGAAGUAGACAGACAGACAGACAGACAUGCUAGAACAGACAAAAGUGAUAUCAGAGUGUUUGAGCAAGCACAUGACCUUUGUUCUUGGUGUAAAUUUAGGGAUUAAAACCACUCUACCCAACCCCUCAUAGGUUGAUGAAAAUCAGAUUUGCAAUAUCCUUCCGUCCUUUCAUGCCUGGUUAAAUAGUGACAACCCAUGAGCAGAGAGAGAGACUGUACACAAGAAAGGGUCAUCCCCAAAUCAGUGCCUUUGUCUGAAUACAUAUUCAUAUUAUAUUCAUAUAUAUCCUUGAUAUACUUGUCAAUGUAUCUCAUAUAUUUCAUAAUUAUUUUAGCUUAAAAUGUCCCUUCAUGUCCCUUCAUAACCCAACUUGUAUAUUUAAGUAUGCAUCAAUGGUCCUGGUAUUUUGUCAGGUGAAUAAAGAGUAUUGAUAAGGUUG